GGAAGCGAAUUGAGCAAUUAUCUAGUUUACCUUCUCCUCUUGGAAGUUAACGAUUGGCGAGAUCUUGGCUGCGUUAUUGACACAACACUUUCUAUUGAUAGAAAUAAGCAGCGAUUGUCCUUAAGUCACUGGUGCGACAAAGUAAACUGUGAUGGGCUGGCAUGAGUCCACUGGACCGGGAAGGCUGGUUCCGCCGGCGGAGGCUCUGGUGAUGGUGGUGGCGGCGACGGUGCUGAUCUCCCUCCUUGCAGAUCAGUGACCAGAAAAAGGGGGAGAGGGAGAGAGGGGACAAAAAAGAGGCGUCUACCAAAGCAGCUCAGACCGGCGAACAAAUGCAAGCCAGCCAUGGACAAUAGUUGCCACCACACGGCGACCAAAAUCUUAGCAACUUCUCCAGCCAGAGAGAGCCUGUCUGCUCGAAGCAACAUGAUCAGCACCUCCAAACCCCUGGCUUUCUCCAUUGAGCGAAUCAUGGCCAGGACUCCAGAGCCCAAGUCCAUUCCGGUGCCGCCCUUCCUCCAAGGAUCCGUGCCCAAAGGAGACCCCAAACACUCUCUGCACCUCAACUCCUCCAUCCCCUGCAUGAUCCCCUUUGUCCCGGUGGCGUACGACCCCCUCCCCAAAGCGGGGAUGGCCGGAUCAGAGGGCAGGAAGGCUCACUUGGACUCCUCUGCCUCCCCCUUCAGCUGCGGCGAUCUAUUGAACUGUGCCCUGAGCCUAAAAGGCGAUUUCCCCCGCGACGCCCUGCCCCUGCAGCAGUACAAACUGGUGAGACCGCGAGUGGUCAAUCACUCCUCUUUCCACGCCAUGGGAGCGCUGUGCUACUUCAACCGCGGCGACGGCCCUUGUCACCCAUCGUCCAGCGUCAACAUCCACCCGGUGGCUUCUUAUUUCCUCAGCUCGCCUUUGCACCCGCAGCCCAAGGCGUACCUGGCGGAGAGAAACAAACUGGUGCUGCCGUCCGUGGAAAAGUACCCUUCCGGAGUGGCCUUUAAAGACUUAUCGCAGGCUCAGCUCCAACACUACAUGAAAGAAAGUGCCCAGAUCCUAUCGGAAAAAAUCGCGUUCAAGAGCUCGGAGUUCAGCCGGAGCUCUCCCAGCAGCAAGCCCAAAGUUUUCACGUGUGAAGUUUGUGGAAAGGUAUUUAAUGCACAUUAUAAUUUAACUCGCCACAUGCCAGUCCACACAGGAGCCAGACCCUUUGUUUGCAAAGUUUGUGGCAAGGGCUUCAGACAAGCAAGUACUCUCUGCCGGCACAAGAUCAUACACACCCAGGAAAAGCCUCACAAGUGUAACCAGUGCGGCAAAGCGUUUAACCGAAGUUCCACUUUAAACACACACACACGAAUCCAUGCCGGCUACAAACCUUUUGUUUGUGAAUUUUGUGGCAAAGGAUUUCAUCAAAAAGGUAAUUACAAAAACCACAAACUGACCCACAGCGGCGAAAAGCAGUUCAAGUGCAAUAUCUGCAACAAGGCUUUCCAUCAGGUGUACAACCUGACCUUCCACAUGCACACCCACAACGACAAGAAGCCCUUCACCUGCCCCACCUGUGGCAAGGGCUUCUGCAGGAACUUUGAUCUCAAGAAGCACGUCCGCAAGCUGCACGACAGCGCCCUGGGACUGCCGCGAGCCCCUGCCGAGCCGGGGCCAGACCAGACGCUGCAGCCGUCGGGCCCGCUGCUGCAACAGCCGCACCAUCCGUGAGGGGAACUGCAAGCCCGGAGCUCCGCCGGUCCUAUUAGCAGGGAAAGCAACCAGGAGCCCCGCCGUUGCAACCACCCUCCUGCUUCUUUGCAUGCACCUGUUAAGCGGUUUUGUGUAUUACGCUCUAUUUGGCCACUAACAUUGAUGGCUGGUCGUUUCCUUCUUUUUGAUGUUGUUGGGUUGUUUUUCUUUCUUUCAAGACUCGAUUUUUUUAACAUCUCAGGGUUAGAGAUGGUUAAAAAAAAAAGCCAAGCCAAUUUCUGCUGUAUUUAUUGGGAUCUGUAUUAUCCGAGCCGGGAAUGCUGCACCACUUAAUUAUUUCGAUGUGUGUAUAUAUAUGUGUUGGUUCUGCCCUGUCUCCGAUGCCUGCUGGUUGUCCCUUCUUGAUAGCUUCCCCUCCUUCACCCCCUCCCUGAAUAUCGUAUCUCUAUGGCCAGAGCUGGUUCACUAUGUACGGAUUUGAAUUUCAGUUUGAUUCUUGCACGUGGAAAAUGAAUUCGUUGACCUGGUGGAAAUAAAUACUUGGAGCAUGAUGAUUGAAUCAUCAAGGGCGCAUUAGCUAUUUAAAUUAUUCAGCUACAAGACCAAUGAUACUAUUAAAGAGCUGUGAU